CGACACAGACUACACAGUAAACUGAAGUGAGAAGAGAGAGAGAGAGAGACAGAGACAGAGAGAGACAGAGAGUGGAGAAGCAGACAGAGAGCGAGAGGAAAUCAUGGCCGUUUCCGUCCCAAUUCUGGCCACCGUCGCCUCCCUCCACCUCAUCGCUUUUGUUCUAGCCGUCGGCGCCGAACGCCGUCGUAGCACGGCUAGAAUCCAGCCCGAUGAGUACGAUGACCGAACGUUCUGCGUUUACGACACCGAUGCGUCGACGGUGUACGGUCUGGCGGCCUUUGCUCUGUUGCUGGUCAGCCAGGUGGUGGUUCACGGUGUCACCAGAUGCCUCUGUUUCGGCAAAGGGCUUGUCACUGGUUGCUCCACCACUUGCGCCAUCUUCUUCUUCAUUUUCUCUUGGAUUACAUUUCUGGGAGCAGAAGCAUGUUUGGUAGCAGGAUCAGCUAGGAACGCAUACCACACAAAGUACCGAGGGUUCUUUGGCCAAAACGACCUAUCUUGUGCCACACUCCGCAAAGGAGUGUUUGCAGCUGGUGCUGCUCUGACAUUGUUGUCUUUGUUGGCUUCCAUUUCAUACUACUGGGCUCACUCCAGGGCUGAUACUGGUGGCUGGGAGAAGCACCGGCACGAAGGUGUUGGAUUGGCCACUUCCAAUUUCAACCAUAACCAACAAGGUAGUGAGUUUGAAAAGGCCUGAAAUAUAUUUGGGUUGGUUGGCUUUAAGCAAUUUUGGUGGCUCUAUUUGACUAUUUUUGUCUAAAAACAAGGGUUUGGGACAAGGAUUUCCAAUCCUGAGUUGUUCAUGUAGUAAUGGAAGAAUGUAUAAUGUGUUAUUAUGGGCUACUGCUUGAAACGAUAUAUAUAUUAGUAUUAUGGUUGUUCAUAUUUCUCAA